GCUUCGUGGGUGAUUGACCAUGUCCAGUUACACAUAUACGGAGUUGCAAAGUGCUCUGGGCAUCAUUAAUGUGAUUGCUGUUGUCAAGUUUUUCCGCGCCCCGGUCAAAAGCACUGGAUCUGGUUACUCGUUAUUCGUCUCAAUCACUGAUCCGUCUUUGUCAGGAGGCAAGCUACAAUGUAAUUUCUUCCACGACUGCAAGGACAGCCUACCGCAGAUUCAGGCACCAGGCGACGUGGUUAUUUUGCACCGUCUGCGUGUCCGUGAGUUUCGUGGCCAGAAUCAGGGUUACGGCUCUCCCGCCGUGGGCUUUGCGGCGGCCGUCUUCCCGGGUGCACUGACAGAUCCAUUGGAACCUCGACCUUCAGCAGGCGCUUGCAGUUUCGGCGAAGAUGAACUGCGUCGAGUUCAAGAGCUACGCGAGUGGUACCACUCUCCGAAUUGUCCAGUGGAACGCGAGCUGCCCUCAUCUGCUGCUCCCAUCAGCCGAGACACAGUGGUUGCAGACUCUGGCAGUACCAACACUUCUGGUGGCGCUUCUGUGCUUCGUCCGUGGAACAUGCAUCUCCACCAGUACUGUUCCACAGAAGGCCAAG